AUGGGAAGUAGGAACCAAGAUGAGAUCGAAGGUCGACUAACAUCGUCUCCCCCGACUUUGGGCUCCAUGCAGAUUGCAAGCAGCAACGGUUUUGGCCACAACAUUGAGUUCAUGUCCCAGGCUUACAUAACUAACAACAAUUCAGAAAUCGAUAUCGAGGAAGAAGUCGUACCGAGAAUGAGGCAAGAUCGGACCCUCCCCAUUUUUCUCAAGUUUGCAGAUGUGGAGUUUAAGGUAAGAGCUCGUAACAAGUCGUCAGUAAACCCGGUUAAGGCUGUGGUGUCGAAAAUGGCCUCGCAGCUGAACAUGGAGCAAGAUGAUUACAAGCAAAUAUUGAAGGGUAUAACUGGAAGUAUCGGUCCAGGUGAGAUCCUAGCGCUCAUGGGGCCUUCAGGCAGUGGGAAAACCACUUUGCUCAAGAUUAUCGGAGGCCGGCUGCACGACAAUGUUAGAGGAACCGUUACCUACAAUGACGUGUCAUAUAGUCCUGCUCUGAAGAGAAGGAUUGGUUUCGUUACACAAGACGACGUCCUUUUUCCACAGCUAACCGUUGAGGAGACUCUAGUUUUUGCUGCUUUUCUGAGACUUCCGAGCCGAAUGAGCUACCGACAGAAGUACGAGCGAGUUGAGAUGAUUGUUAAGGAGCUCGGCCUCGAGAGAUGCCGGCACACGAGAGUAGGCGGUGGAUUCGUAAAAGGCAUAUCAGGAGGUGAAAGGAAAAGAACGAGCAUAGGACAUGAGAUUCUUGUUGAUCCUUCAUUACUUCUUCUUGAUGAACCAACUUCAGGUCUUGAUUCCACCUCAGCUAAUAGGCUAUUACAAAUACUUCAAGCUCUUGCACAGGCAGGAAGGACUAUUAUCACGACCAUACAUCAACCGUCGAGUCGGAUGUUCCACAUGUUCGACAAGGUCUUGUUAUUAGCUGAAGGUCAUCCGGUUUACUAUGGGAAAGCUAGAGACUCGAUGGACUACUUCUCGUGUUUGAGUUUCAAUCCCGAAAUAGCAAUGAACCCGGCUGAGUUCUUGCUAGAUUUGGCAACCGGACAGGUGAAAGACAUCAGUGUUCCGGAUCAACUCUUUACUUCUCAAGAUCAUCCCGCCGAGUUCGAAAAUGUUGUUAUACGAUAUCUACAACACAAGUACAAAGUGGAGCUGGAGCCGAAGGAGAAGGAGGAGAAUCACGGGACGACACAUAAGGUGGACGAGAGACUCCAGUUAGCCAUUCAAGUUAAGUUAGAUUGGAGCUUGUGUUGGUUCGAACAAUUUACAAUACUUUCGAAGCGGACGUUUAAAGAACGGUGGAGGGAUUACUUUGACCUUCUCCGUUUAAUCCAAUCGUUUGGCGUGGCUGUUCUCUUAGGCCUUCUCUGGUGGAAAUCAAACAUUAAAACCGAAGCCCAACUCAGAGAUCAGAUUGGGCUUUUGUUCUACACAUGUAUCUUCUGGACAUCGUCGUCUAUAUUUGGAGCAGUGUACGUGUUCCCGUUCGAGAAAAUGUAUUUGGUGAAAGAGAGAAAGGCGGAUAUGUACCGGUUGAGUGUGUACUACGUUAGCAGUACAUUAUGCGACAUGGUGGCUCACUUGUUGUACCCGACUUUCUUCAUGUGCAUUCUCUACUUCAUGGCGGGAUUCAAGAGAACGGUCGAGUGUUUCUUCUUCACCUUAGCCGCAAUACUCUUGAUAGCCGUGACUAGCCAGGGAGCAGGGGAACUGUUUGGAGCAGCAGUGAUGAGUGUGAAAAGGGCCGGCAUGAUCGCCUCCCUCAUACUGAUGUUAUUUCUUCUCACCGGUGGAUAUUAUGUUCAGCACAUUCCGAAAUUCAUGCAAUGGCUCAAGUACGUAUCGUUCAUGCACUACGGGUUCAGGCUGCUGGUGAAGGUGCAGUAUUCGGGGGAUCAGUUGUACGAGUGCGAAAGCAAAGGGGGCUGCCGGAGGCUACAGAGCUCGCCUUCUUUCGACACGGUGAAUCUUGACGGUGGAGUACUCAAAGAAGUUUGGGUUUUGUUGGCUAUGGCUAUUGGGUAUAGGCUGGCUGCAUACGUCUGUCUACGUAGAAAAAUUAGUAUCUACCGUCUUUAG